ACUCUAAGGGGGCGUUGCGGGGGGGCGGUUCCCGGUUCGAGCUCGACCUAGUUUGAAAGUGAAUCAACGGCUGCAGUCGUUGCCUGCAUCGUUAAACAACAAUCCGUGAAUCUUUAAAAUACCCGAACCUUGUUCCAAAGUCUGCUUCAGCCCUCUGACAACCGCCGGUAUGAUGCGCAAAGACGUCAACAAGCCGAAGGGGAAAACAUCGGCGUACGCCUUCUUUGUUCAGACAUGUCGAGAGGAACACCGAAAGAAGAACCCAGAACAGUCGGUCAACUUUUCUGAGUUCUCCAAGAAAUGUUCAGAGAGAUGGAAGGCUCUAUCCCCCAGUGAUAAGAAGUGUUUCGAGGAUAUGGCAAAAGCAGACAAGGUUCGCUAUAACAGGGAGAUGCGGGACUACGUACCCCCCAAGGGAUUUGGAAAGAGGGGCCGCAAAAGGAAAGAUCCGAAUGCACCCAAAAGACCCCCGUCUGCAUUCUUUGUUUUCUGCAGUGAAUACCGUCCCAGUGUGAAGCAGCAGUUCCCUGGUCUUUCUAUAGGAGACUGUGCCAAAAAGCUGGGAGAGAUGUGGAGCAAAUUGUCCCAGUCAGAGAAGCAGCCAUAUGAAGAGAAGGCACAGAAGCUCAGAGAGAAAUAUGACCGGGACAUGGUUGCAUAUCGCGGUGGUGGCACUUAUGCGAGGAACCCCAGCUCAUCGACUCAGGGUGGAGAGGAGGAAGACGAGGAGGAGGAAGAAGAGGGAGAGGAGGAAGAGGAGGAGGAUGACGAUGAGUAGAGCGCACAGGCUACAGAGAGAAAAAGGUUGUGUGUGUGUGUGUGCGUGCGUGCAUGUGUGUGCGCGCGGAUGUAGGUGUGCAGCUCUAACAGUUUUUAACUAAAUUUCAAAAAAUGGAUUGACACUUCUAAUUGGCUUCACUGGAGACAGCUUCUCUGCUGGGUGAGCUUGUUUCCCUGCUGUGGGUAGCCAAAUGAGUGUCUUUUCAGAAGCGACUGAUUAAGUACUCUAAGAUUUUCAAGUUCAUGUCAUUAGAGACCCAACACACAGAUCAAUGCCGUUAGGCUAUGGUGUUUUAACAAUGUUUUUUAUUUUGCUUCGGGUAGGAAAACAGAAUUCCAAGUGAAUCCCAAUUUAGUGGAGGUUGGAGGUGACGAUACACUACUGCUCCUUUGAAUGGCAGUUAUGUCACUGUUGUGGCACAAUGUCAUUUCAACGUGUGGUCAUUAACAGUGCAUACCAGACAUUGGGGAUGCAUAAUAUGUUCUUACUUCGGAAUGAAACUGGAACUCAAGCAUUGUUACCUUUGAGUUUGAUUGGAAUAGGCCAUUCUUGGUCAAAUAACUGCCUGUCAUACCACACACAUGGAUUGCCAGUGAUUUCCCCCCCGGUAAUGUACGUGUAUGUGUGUGCCAUUGGUCCCUCCCCUAUCUUCUUAUGUGUUCGCCAUGAAAUCCUCCUUCCCUUCAUUUAUACUGUGUUCAUACUAUUAUAUUUUUUUCUUACUGAAUGUUCUUUUGUCUGGUUCACUAAGACAGUAGACAUUUUUUUAUAAUAAAAUGACCAACUGAGGAAAAACUCAA